AUGGACAAGAAAGUAAAAAGAAGAUUAGGCGCGAAGGCAAUUCUUUCCUCUUUUCUUUCUAUUGACAAUUUCAUUCAUUAUUUGCUUUAUAUAAUUCCUUUUAAUUUUCUUCCAUUUUAUUAUCGCUUAUCAUUUUUCUUCCUCUUUUCUUCUCUCAUCUUUCUUCGUUCUUCCAUUCUUGAGACUCUUUCAUUAAUUACUUUAUUUCCUUCCUUCCUUUCUUUUAUAUUGAAAUUCGUUUUCAUCUUUCAAUUUUUUCCGCUAAUUUCCUUCACCUAUAUUUCUUUCUUUAUUUUGAUUUUCUCUCUUUCGUUUUUUGCAAUGUUCUUUUUUUUUCAUUUUUUUAUUUCUCUUUCAUUUAAGUUUUUGAUCUUUCGUUGCUUUCUUUUCUCUUUCAUUCCGCCAUCUUUCAUCUCAUCUUUUCAAAAGUUCUUAUAUGUUUCUCAAAUAAAAUAUACCUCCUUUUUUCUUUCUUUCUUUCAUAUUUCAUUCAUUCAUUCAUUCAUUCUUUCUUUCUUUCUUUUUGUUGUAGCAUACCUACGGACGAUAAUGGAUAUUAACCUUCCCUACAUCCCUUUCGAUAUUUUCUUUCUUUCUUUCUUUCCUUUCUUUUACUCGCCAUUUUUUCUUUCUUUCUUUGAUUUUUCUUUCUUUCUUUCAUUCUUUCUUUCUUUCUUUCUUUCUUUCUUUCUUUCUUUCUCCCCAUUUUUCCGCCUUUUAUUAUUUCCCAGUCAUCUCAACAAAGACUUAUUUACCAAUUAUUGGCGUGAUAUCGAGGCAUGUCCAGCAACCUACCUACAUACAUACCUUCCUAUCUAUCUAUCUAUCUAUCUAUCUAUCUAUCUAUCUAUCUAUCUAUGCCAUUCUCUCCAUAUCUAUCUCAUGCUGUUCAUUAUCUAUCUAUCUAUCUAUCUAUCUAUCUAUCUAUCUAUCUGCAUGCAUCAUUCUGAUCAUAUCUCUUUCUUUUCAUUAUCUAUCUAUCUAUCUAUCUAUCUAUCUAUCUAUCUAUCUGCAUGCAUCAUUCUGUUCAUAUCUCUUUCUUUUCAUUAUCUUUCUGUCUAUCUAUCUAUCUCAUUCUACUCAAUAUCUCUCUAUAUAUCCAUUCGAUUAUAUCUAUCUAUCUAUCUAUCUAUCUAUCUAUGCCAUUCUCUCCAUAUCUAUCUCAUGCUGUUCAUUAUCUAUCUAUCUAUCUAUCUAUCUAUCUAUCUAUCUAUCUAUCUAUCUGUAUGCAUCAUUCUGUUCCUAUCUCUUUCUUUUCAUUAUCUAUCUAUCUAUCUAUCUAUCUAUCUAUCUAUCUAUCUAUCUAUCUAUCUAUCAAGGCAUUUAUUUACUAUAUUAACACAGCAUAGAAUUAAUACUCCUGAGAAAAUGACGUAUUUUCUAAAGACAUUAAACAAAUCGAUUUGCUUUUAUCUAUCUAUCUAUCUAUCUAUCUAUCUAUCUAUCUAUCUAUCUAUCUAUCUAUCUAUCUCAUUCUCUUCAUUAUCUAUCUAUCUAUCUAUCUAUCUAUCUAUCUAUCUAUCUAUCUAUCUAUCUAUCUAUCUAUCCCAUUCUCCUCAUUAUCUAUCUAUCUAUCUAUCUAUCUAUCUAUCUAUCUAUAUAUAUAUAUAUAUAUAUAUAUAUAUAUAUAUGAUUCUGCUCAUUAUGUAUCUAUCUAUCAAUCUGCAUAUAUCAUUCUGUUCAUAUCUAUCAUUCUUUUCAUUAUCUAUCUAUCUAUUCGAUUCAAUCCAUAUCUAUCUAUCUAUCUAUCUAUCUAUCUAUCUAUCUAUCUAUCUAUCUAUCUAUCUAUCUGUGUGUAUCCUUCUGUUUAUAUUUAUCUCAUUGUUUUCAAUAUCUAUCUAUCUAUCUAUCUAUCUAUCUAUCUAUCUAUCUAUCUAUCUAUCUAUAUAUAUGAUUCUGCUCAUUAUCUAUCUAUCUAUAUGCAUGUAUCCUUCUGUUUAUAUUUAUCUCAUUGUAUUCAUUAUCUAUCUAUACAUCUAUCUCUCUCUCUAUCUCUCUCUCUCUCUAUAUAUAUAUAUAUGUAUAUAUAUAUAUGAUUCUGCUCAUUAUCUAUCUCUCUCUCUAUCUAUCUAUCUAUCUAUCUGCAUAUAUCAUUCUGUUCAUAUCUAUCUCAUUCUUUUCAUUAUCUAUCUAUCUAUUCGAUUCAAUCCAUAUCUAUCUAUCUAUCUAUCUAUCUAUCUAUUAGCAUAUAUCAUUCUGUUCAUAUCUAUCUCAUUCUUUUCUUUAUCUAUCUCUCUAUCUAUCUAUCUAUCUAUCUAUCUAUCUAUCUAUCUAGACAUUUAUUUAAUAUAUUAUGGCAGUAUAGAAUUAAUACUCCAGAGAAAAUGA